AUGCAUGUGCAGAGCAAGGCCCCCAAGGAUCUCCACCCCCAAGCCCAGAUGACCAUGUUGCAACGACUGUACAAACUAGGUGACAUGUUCACCGUCGAUACUUGGCCCCUGAUGGACCAAAUGUACCUGGUGGCCAAUCCCAAACUCGCCCACCAGGUCUCCCAGGACAGCAGCCCGUUCCCCAAACACCCCAUGAUCACGCGCUUCCUCAAGCCACUCACCGGCUACAACAGCGUGCUGGCCGCCAACGACGCUAAAUGGAAGGAGUUGCGCAGUCUGUUUGCCCCAGGCUUCUCCAAUGCCCACCUGAUGACCAUGGUGCCGCUGAUGGUCGAAAAGACUGAGGUCUUCUGCGACCUGCUGAGCGAGUACGCCGCCAAGCACGAGCUGUUCUCCAUGGAGCCGAUGGCCGCCCGAUUGACCAUCGAUAUCAUCGGCAUCGUCGUACUGGGAGUCGAUUUCAAGUCACUGACCCGUCGCGACGAGCUGGUCGAGGCCUUCCGCCACCUCCUGGACCUCCUCCCCAACGGCCAGACUCUCGACAUCAACCCGGUAACCCACUACCUGCGCCGCAAGUACGCGAACACGAUGGACAACUACAUCCGCCGCGUGCUGCGCGACCGAGCCGCCAACGGGGCGAACAAGAAGUUCCGCACAUUGAUGGACAUCGCCAUCGAGCGGUACGAGCAGCUGCCGAACGGGUCGUUGUUCGACUGUGGAUUUGAGCAGCUUGCCGUAGAUAAUCUCAAAACCUUUGUCUUUGCAGGUCACGACACGAGCAGUACCACCCUUAGCAACAUCUACCACCUUCUGAGCAAGCACCCCGAGGUCCUCGCCAAGGUCAUCGAAGAGCACGAUCAAGUCCUGGGCAAAGACACGGCAGCGAUCGGCCAGCUCAUCCGCGACCAGCCCUCCAUCAUCAACAAACUCCCGUACACGACCGCCGUAAUCCGCGAGACCCUCCGCCUGUACCCCGCGUCCGGCAGUCUCCGCAUGGCGCCGAAAGACACAACCUUCCAUCCUGACAAAGCGCCCGCUGUGACCGUGCCCAAGGGCAGCCUGAUCUGGGUGGGGAUCCACACGAUCCACCACGACGCCGAGUUCUUCCCCUGCCCGGACGAGUUCCACCCGGAGCGGUUCAUGACGGCCAAGACGAUCACGCUGGCCGACGGGCGCACCGAGGCCGUGACCGCGGGGUGGAACGGCCACGCACCGCCCGCGGACGCCUACCGGCCCUUCGAGAAGGGGCCCCGCAUGUGCAUCGGCAGCGAGAUGGCUAUGAUCGAGAUCCGGGUCGUGCUGGCCAUGACGUUGCGGCGAUUCCGGUUCGAGUCCGCCUACGCCGAGUACCGGCGGCGGCACCCGGAUGAGGUCGAGGCCGCCGGCGGGCGCACCGAGGCGUUCGGCGACGAGGCGUACCAGGUUUUCUCGUCGACGGCCAAGCCCAAGUCGGGGGUGCCUAUGUACGUGUAUACGAAGGAGUAG